GGUGAUUCCCUGUGGACCCUCGGCGAUUCUGCCGACUCCUCUAGACCUGGGGAUGGUCGCCUGGGCUGUGGUUCGAGGGGCCGUUUGGUGGGGGUCGGGCAGGCGACCGAAAACCGGGGGAGAGGGGCACAGUGAGGGGUUGAGAGCUCAGAAGAGGUGACCCGACAAACACAAACGUCAAACACUGCGCUCUCCAGGCUGGGGCCACCAGGCCACCACCCCGUUGCCCGCCCACUCCCGACGGAUAAAGUCGGCUGGAACGCCGCGGCCCUCUCGCGCGGGAGGAGGCAAUCUGUAAGGUCAGGAGUGACCCGCCCGUCGCCCCGGAGCGCUUCCUGCCUCCUGGUCCACGCCGGCCCCUCCAUGUGUGGUUUGUGACGCGGGUUGACACUGAAUAAAAAGGCGGGGGCUGCUCCCGCGUUUCGGCCACUGUUCCCCUCCAGUCUGACCUCGAUUGAGCCUCCGACACUGCCAUUGUUGCUGUUCCGGUCUAGCUAGGCUCUAGAUCUUUUCCUACCCCGACACGCUACUCCCACGAGAGGCUUCCCGCCGCUAUUAACCAUGCCCUAUCCCGACAAGUUCACCGGCUUCCAGGUCUACGGCCCGGAGACCUGGACCGAGUUCCACAAGAACGAGUUCCAGCCGAAGCCCUUUGGCGACUACGACGUUGACAUCUCGAUCGAGGCCUGCGGAGUCUGCGGCAGCGAUGUCCACACUGUUUCUGGCGGCUGGGGAGACCAAAAGUUCCCCUUGGUAGUCGGACACGAAAUUGUCGGCAAGGCCAUUCGCGUCGGCCCCAAGGUAACGCUGAUCAAGGAGGGCCAGCGCGUCGGUGUGGGCGCUCAGUCGUAUGCGUGCCUGGACUGCAGGCAAUGCAAGAACGACAACGAGACGUACUGCACCAAGCAACUCGACACAUAUGGCGCCACCUGGCCCGACACGGGCAUCGUGUCGCAGGGCGGCUACUCGUCGCACGUGAGGACACACGAGCACUGGGUCUUCCCCAUCCCCGACGCGCUCUCGAGCACCGCCGCGGCCCCCAUGCUGUGCGCGGGCCUGACGGCCUACAGCCCCCUGGUGCGCAACGGCGUUGGCCCGGGCAAGAAGGUCGGCAUCCUGGGAAUGGGCGGCAUCGGACACUUCGGCCUCCUCUUCGCCAAGGCCCUGGGCGCCGAGGUCUGGGCCAUCUCGCGCAGCCGCGCCAAGGAGGCCGACUGCAAGGCCAUGGGCGCCGACGGCUUCCUGGCCACGUCGGAGAAGGGCUGGAACGAGCCGCACGCCAUGACGUUCGACGUCAUCCUCAACACGGCCUCGUCCUUUGAGGGCUGGGACUUUGGCGCCUACCUGGGCCUGCUCGACGUGCACGGCAAGUUCGUUAGCGUCGGCCUGCCCGAGGGCGAGGGCAUGAUGAUGCGCAACCAGUCCCUGCUCAGCAACGGCGUCUUCGUCGGCGCCUCCCAUCUGGGCUCGCGCCGCGAGACGCUCGACAUGCUCAAGCUGGCCGCCGACAAGGGCAUCAAAUCCUGGGUUGAGGAGAUCCCCAUUAGCGAGGACGGGCUCAAGCAGGCCCUGACGCGCGUGCACAAGACCGACGUCCGCUACAGGUUCUGCAUGACAGGCUACGACAAGGCCUUUGCUGCCUGAUUCCUCGGCGUUUCUUCCGUCUGCGGCUUUGUUUGUACAUAAUUGACACCUGCCCGAGCUGAUUUCUGACCUGGUUUCUUUUACACCAAACGUGGGUGUUGUUACCAAAUAUAGAAACAAAAGCUAUGCUGGCAGAAGUUAGCCACGCUCAUAAAUUCCCGUCCUUUUAGGACGACCAACAAUAAUCCCGUCGAGCUGGGAAAGGGUUCAUAUACUUGUGCUUUAUGCAGAAGAGACCUUUCUGCGCGAUGGCAAGCAAGAGAACGGGUAUAUAUACAUAAUCAAGAUCACCCAAGGCCUUAGUGGGCGUCGUGGUUAGAGAUCCCCCCAACCUCUGCUAUGCAGGUGCACGCGCAGUGCCGGUUAGGAACCAGCAGGGUUGCAGCAUUGUAGAAGACUGUCUGUCCAACGAUUGCCCGGCAUGCUUAGUAUUCCUUUAUAUAUCUUCUUUUUUUAACCCCUUCCUGUCGUUCGUUCCGUCCUUUUUCUCGACCUGCUUGUUUGGAUUCCUCGCGUAUCAGGUUGUAUUCCCGCCCUCUGGCCCCCUUCCCUUCGACUUGCUGUCGAUAUGACUAGAAUCUCCGUUAUACUAUUUACUGCACAGUGUCGACUGCGACGGCCCUGGUAGGCUGUUAUGUGCGGCCCUCGGCAGUGCAUGUACGCCUUUACAAUCG